GACAACUGGAUCCACGGCCCCGGCUCCUGCAAGCUCUUCGGGUUCAUCUUCUACACCAACAUCUACAUCAGCAUCGCCUUCCUGUGCUGCAUCUCCGUGGACCGGUACCUGGCUGUGGCCCACCCGCUGCGGUUUGCCCGCCUGCGCCGCGUCAAGACGGCCGUGGCCGUGAGCUCUGUGGUCUGGGCCACGGAGCUGGGGGCCAACUCGGCACCCCUGUUCCACGACGAGCUCUUCCGUGACCGCUACAACCACACCUUCUGCUUUGAGAAGUUCCCCAUGGAGGGCUGGGUGGCCUGGAUGAACCUCUACCGGGUCUUUGUGGGCUUCCUCUUCCCGUGGGCGCUCAUGCUGCUGUCCUACCGGGGCAUCCUGCGGGCCGUGCGGGGCAGCGUGUCCACCGAGCGCCAGGAGAAGGCCAAGAUUAAGCGGCUGGCCCUCAGCCUCAUCGCCAUCGUGCUGGUCUGCUUCGCGCCCUACCACGUGCUCCUGCUCUCACGCAGCGCCGUCUACCUGGGCCGCCCGUGGGACUGUGGCUUCGAGGAGCGUGUCUUCUCAGCGUAUCACAGCUCACUGGCCUUCACCAGCCUCAACUGCGUGGCCGACCCCAUCCUCUACUGCCUCGUCAACGAGGGGGCCCGCAGCGACGUGGCCAAGGCCCUGCACAAUCUGCUCCGCUUCCUGGCCAGUGACAAGCCACAGGAGAUGGCCAACGCGUCACUCACCCUGGAGACCCCGCUCACCUCCAAGAGGAACAGCAUGGCCAAGGCCAUGGCAGCUGGCUGGGCGGCAGCUCCACCCUCCCAGGCGGACCAGCUUCAGCUAAAGAUGCUGCCGCCAGCACAGUGAGCCUCCAACUUGCGCAGAACUCCCUCUCCCGGCUCCUCAAAUCUUAGCCCACAUUCCCUUCCCUCCUGGUCUGAUGUAUGCAAACUGUAUGUAAAUAAGGCUGUGUUAACAUUCGGAAGAGUGUAAGAAAAUAGGAAAACGGUGAGGUUGGUGGGUCACUGGUCCAUCAUCGUCCACCGUGACCUCCU